AUCAUUGUGUUUCUGUUCCUGCUCUGUGAGUGACUGUGAGCAGAGAGAUGAGGGGAGGAAUACAGUUACUGCUGCUUCUGGCAGUGUUCGUGCUCCAGGCCAGAUGUCAGCAAGGGCUGAAAGUUUCUGUGUACCCAAUCCUACCUGUUAACCAGGCAUUCUCUGGGGACUCAUUUCACUUGAGCUGCAAUGGGAGUGCAAGUGAGAACGGAGUUCAAUGGUACUUGAAUGACAUGCAACAAAGGACGACAAGUAAAACCUAUAAGAUAGCAGCCGCUACCCAGAGGCACUCAGGCCUUUAUCAUUGUGAAAGCAACGGGGAAAAGAGUGACAGUGUCAAUAUUAAUGUCCUGGACUACAUUCCCACUGCCUCACUCACCAUCGUGACAGGCCAGCCAGUGAUGCAGGUCGGGGGGUCAGUCAUCCUGAGUCUCCAUAAUGAAGAUGGUCUGGAGGGAUGGAAAUGCUGGUUCUACAGGGGAGGGGGAACCAAGACAAAGAAGAUAGGGUUGAGGGUGAAGGAGAACAAUCUCAGGCUAGAUUUUCAACCAGCGCGUCUCACUGCCCCUGAAACCAUUUUUUGGUGUAGUGAUGGAACUGAACAAAACAGAAGUAACCAAAUCACAAUCAGGACCUCAGAGAAAAAGUUAUCCCUGGAAAUGUACCCUCUGCCUGCUUUGGUCGGGGAGAGACUGACUCUCAGGUGUCUUGUCUGGGGCACGGAUCAGAUCAGUCACACUGUUUUCUACAAAGACAACAAAACCAUACAGGGUGGUGCCAGUCCAACCUACAAUAUCCCAAGUGUGACAGAAUCUCUAGGGGGAAGCUAUAAGUGCGAGUCCACCUUCACAUACAGAGGCCGAACUGCUGGGCCCCCAUACAAAGAGGAGUCUGAUGAUCAAGAUGUGCUCGUUCAAGUGCCUCCGAUAAGAGCGUACCUCUCUGAAAACCUUGGCAUGUCGUGUUCUUGUCCGUCAUGCCCCAGCAAAAACUCCUAUCGCUGGUACCACAAGAGUGAUGAGGAUCAGCCAUGGGUACCUUUAGGCUCUGAUAAAGGAUACUUGAUGCCAAAAGAGAGUGGUACUUAUGCAUGUAGAGCUGUGUGGCGCAACGGGAGGUCUCUUCUCAGCAAUGGUUAUGCUUAUCAAUCUCCGAUCAAGUUAAUUUUCCUGGUUGUGGUCAUGGUGCUGCUAAUAGGUUUAGCAGUCACAGCUUUUGCUUGUUAUAUGUGGUAUAAGAAGAGAACUCCAAAAGCACCAAUCUACGAGGAUGUGGCACAAGCUUCCCGAAACAAGGGUAAUAACGAAUACGAGAUGUUGCAAAAGUCACGUAGGGAGGGCGAGUACGACACCCUGCACCCAGAGGCACCUGGCACACAGAGGAAAGACGGUGAAUAUGAAGCACUGAGGAAAGCGGAAAUACAAGAAGGGGUGUACCAUACUGUGGAAAAGCAUGGGGCAGUAGGAGAAGAGAGGGGGUAUGAAGUGCUGAAGAGAGAGGGGGUGAAAGAGGAUGUGUAUCACACCGUGGAAAUGCAUGGGGCAGUUGGAGGAGAGGGGGGGUAUGAAGCGCUGAAGAAAGAGGGGAGGAAAGAGGAGGUGUACCACACCCUGAGCAUGGAGGGCGCAGGUGGAGGAGAGGAAGGAAUUAAGCAUCAGGGACAAGCAGCAGACAGAGCUUAUGAGGUGACGGAGGAAAAGAAAGACUGAAGUGAAAAUAACUGAGAAAUGAAAGGAAAGAUAGGUCUCCGAAGAUUUUAUACAAAAGAAAAAAAUGGUGCAAACCAGCAA